AUGGCUAAUUAUCAAAAAAUUAAACCUAUUCAUCCGGGAGAAAUUAUUAGGGAGGAAUUUAUGUUGCCUCUACAUCUAACUAGUGAAAAACUGGCCCAAGAUAUAAAACUUGCUCCCGGGGAGGUAGAAGAAGUUAUCCAAGAAAAAAAAUCUCUCAACAUGGACUUAAUUUGCCGACUGAGUAUUUGGCAGGAGGAAUUAAAACAAAAGCAAAAAGAGAUUAGGCCUUAUAAAGAACUUUAUAAUC